AUGAAGUCCUCCACCCUCCCAUUCCUCCUCGGCCUAACCAGCCUCGCCAAUCUCGCAACAGCCCGCACAGAUCUGGAAGGCUGCGUCUCCUCCGAAAUUGUCGUUGACUACUACGCCAGCUACCUCUGGUACGUCCCGGAUACCGGCGAGAUCUGUUCGUUCCUCGACUGUGGUGGCGGUCGCGCCCCUCCGAAGACUGAUAAGCCUGGUUGUGGGGGAUACCACGGCACUGCUACGGUCACUCCGGAUUAUAUUGAGGGCUGGGGUCCCAAUGGGAAGCAGGCUGCUUCUACGACGACCGUUGAUGCGACUACUUCUGCUACUGCUGUGGCUGCGAUGACUACUUCUGCUUCUCAGUCUGAGGAGUCUGACUCGUCUUCUUCUGGUUCCUCGAAUGCUUCUUCUGUUUCUGGAUCGCAGACUCCUAGUAUUACUGCUGCGCCGUCUAGCUCGACUGCUGCUUCGAUGACUACCACUGCUUCGUCUGGCUCGGCUGCGAACUCUACUUCUGCCGCGGCUAGUAGCACUCCUACUGGUAAUGCUGCUGUCAUGCCUGCGUCCAAUGUGCUUGGCGUUGUGGCUCUUAUGGGUGCCAUGGUUGGAGCUAUGGCUCUUUAA